ACUGCUCAACUGUCAUUUUCUGCAACCAGGUAGGCUCCGCCCAUAAAAAACGUCAUCGCUGUUUGCAAACACCAAAUUGGUCUGUAGAUCAGUGAUUCCCAACCAUGAGUAUGUGGAAAGAUUUUGAUGUUGCUUUGUGACUUUAAUGUUACAUAAUAUCCAGUAUAAUAUGAGAAUAAUAAGUAUGGUGUUGAUAAGGGGUACUUGAGCUUAGUGAUGGACCUGUGGAGGUUGGGAAACACUGCUGGCUAUCUACAAAAUGAGCAAGAAAUUAAGGAUGACAGAUUAAUCACACCAGGGUAUCUUACAGUACAUGCAUUUUAUUAGGUGGAUACAUCUGUGGAGGUUUAUUUCAGUCAUUGAUUUGGCACAAACUAUUCAAACAAAUUUUUGAAGACUCACAAGUUUUAAAAAAGGCAAAGACACAUCAAAGAGUCAAAUUAAAAUGCAUUAGACUAGACUAGCCCCUUAGGUUAUUCGCUCAUAUUUCGCUCACAAAAUUACUUUAUUCACUCUUGCGCCACCCAGUGAAAACAAAUAUCUCAGGAACCGAAUAUAUUGUAACACCAGGUCACAGGCUGGAGGACAGAGGAGUGAGGAAACGAGUAUCCAUUUAAGUAUGGCAAGCCGUUUUAGCAUUAAAUACUCCUUCCCAUACUAGUCAUAAAUCAGUUUUGACUAGUCAUAAUUCCAGUUCCAGAUAUCUCUUCUGCAAUUUUGACUCGUCGUAAUUGCAAUUAAGAUAUCUACAAUGUGAUUGUGACUAGUCAUAAUAUGCAUUGAAGAUAUCUACAAUGUUAAUUUGACUAGUCGUAAUAUACAUUACAGAUAUCUACAAUGCUUUUAUGACUAGUCAUAUUCUUCCAUUGACUUCAAUUGGAAAAUAUUUUCAGAUAUCUACAAAUGAGUUUUGACUAGUAGAAAUUGUAAUUAAAGAUAUCUCCAAUUUGAUUAUGACUAGACAAAACCCAGUUAGAGAUAUCUCAAAUUAUAAUUUGCACUAGUGGUGAUUUAAAUUAGAGAUAUCUCUAAAUUAGAGAUAUCUCCAACCAUGUCAUCAGAUCAAGAGAUGCCGCUAGCGACCUUUGACAGAAUUUUAACAGCAUCUUAAGAGCCAGACAACAGCUCUCAGUUAACACUAAUAACAACCUCCUUACUUCAACUAGACGCCUUUUCCGGCAUCAGGUCCAACAACUUCACAGUAAGUCGGGCUGUGCUAUGUAACCAUUUCCAUAAUAAACAGUAAUUUACCAAUGUUUAAGAUAUUAUUUAACUGUGUAUUUUUUGUGUAUGCCAGGACCACCGGGAAGGCAAGAAAAUUCUGUCUGGCAAACACACCUUUUCCUCCUCUCUGGCCCAGAUAUUGAGAUUUUACCAUCUACAACAGAGCUUGAGCGGUUUGCGAACAUGGGAUUGGGUAGACCAGUGCAUGAAACAACAGGGAGAGGAAUCCAGCGAUCAAAAAUUCAAUUAAAUUGGACUCUGUCUGAAUUGGACAAUUUUGUCUGCCAGUGCUACCCAACUACCCAACCCAAUUUAAACUUAAUAGGUUUUCAUUUGGCAAGAGCAGGAAAAGGACGGAAGAUAGAAAAAGUGCAUGCAAAUAGUGUGAAAGACCUAAAAAAAGCAAUUGGAAAGGGCAGGCUCUAUAUAGUCCCAAGAGCUGAGGUUUCACAGGUAAUGACACCAUCCGCAGCCAUUCCCCAGAACUCACAACAUCCAUCCAACACUACAGCACUUGAUGAAACAUCCUUCAAUGCUGAGACUACAGAAUCUGUUAAUCUGUGUGUAAUGAAACCAUCCGCAGGCAUUCCCCAGAACUCACAACAACCAUCCAACACUACAGCACUUGAUGAAACCUUCUUCAAUGCUGAGACCCCAGAAUCCAUAAAUCUGCGUGAGUGGCAAGCUAUACGUUCCCAGCAAGAUGAAGAAUAUAAUGCUUUGUUGGCAGAUAUACAAAAGGUAAUUUUUGACUAUUUGCAGUUUGCUUGCCAAGGUUCAAUUUUGUUUAAAACAAAAAUGUGUAAUACAUAUAUGGUAUUGCAGGACAGAAGGAGGCACUGCUAUGAGGUUCUGGAAGAAAAGCGCAAAAAGGCCAUUGAGGAAAGACGCCAGCGAAUGGCAGCCCGUGUUGAACCUCUAGAUGGGGAAUAUCUGAAAGCUAAAUAUCCAAAUGGAGAUGUGAAUAAGAGGAAGUUCAUCAUGUCUGAUCCAAUUCAAGACUUGUUUGAUUUUAUUGGACAAGAUGAAAUGGCCAGUGAGGUGUUCAGAAUCCAGGAAGCUACUUCUUCAGAUGCUAUCGAGAGCACUUCUACUGGGUCAAUUUCAGAUACAUGACAGAUUAUAACUCAUCAUGCCCAAAUGUAUAGAGUCAGUAAAAGUUACAGUCUACAUUAAUGUCUGUGUGUAAGUGUUUGGAAUCUUUUCCAGUGUAAGUAAAUAGUUUUCAAAUGUGUUGAGUUCCUCCUUAGAAUGAAAAAAGUGUCAUAAAAAAGUGUCAUAAAGUGUGCUUCAAGCUUAACUCAGAAUAGAGCAUACUCAGCAUAGAGUAAGAGGUUGAUUCUUGGGAUUUAAGAAUCAGAUUGUCUAAAUGAGAAUUGAUUCAAUUUGAGAAAUCAACAAUUUUAACUCAACAUUAUAGUUCUUUGUUCUUUUAAUUUCAGGAAAAACACUGUGACCCUGUAAAUGUUGCCCAGCCUCCAGUGGAUUCACCCUUUGUUCAGCCUUCAGUGGCUCUAUCCCCAGUGCAGUCUCCAGUCGCUCUGACCUCUGCCCAGUCUCCAGUUGCUCUGACCUCUGCCCAGUCUCCAGUUGCUCUGACCUCUGCCCAGUCUCCAGACGCUCUGACCUCUGCCCAGUCUCCAGUCGCUCUGACCUCUGCCCAGUCUCCAGACGCUCUGACCUCUGCCCAGUCUCCAGUCGCUCUGACCUCUGCCCAGUCUCCAGUUGCUCUGCCCUCUAUACAGCCUUCUGUGGCUUUGUUCACAGCCCAGACUCCAUUCGUUAAUUUUAAUUUUGAAGACCAACCUACAGAGCCAAUUGUCAUUGAUAUUGAUGAAGAGACACCACUUAGUUCUCCAUCUCCCCAGCCAUCAGACAUUGUAAAUCUAUUCCUAAUAGAUCAAGGGAGGUCCGUGGCCCUAGAUGAGGUUGACCUACAGACCAUUCUAAAAAAACUGCAAAGCAAAAUUGAUGGAAACAUCUGCCCAACAGCAAACUAAAUAAAUGUGUUCAGAGAAAACGUACUACAGUGCAGCCUGCAAGCUGUCAAGCGGCAACGAUUCAACCCACAAGCAAAAUUAGAUGUAGUGUUUGUUGAUGCUAAGGAAAAUGGGGAAAGGGCAAUAGAUGAAGGCGGCCCUACUAGAGAAUACUUGCGGUUGCUGAUGCGGGCCAUCCAUCAAUCAAAUGUCUUUCAGGGCCAUGAGAAAGACCGGAGUUUGGCUCUAGACACACAAGCUUUGGAGAAUAGGUUGUAUGCAUCAGUGGGGAAGAUGAUUGCUGUGUGUGUCGUCCAUGGAGGAGUUGGCCCACAUUUCUUCUCCGAAAGGCUUUUUCAGCAGAUCUGUGGUAUGCCAACAUCCUCUGCCUCAGUGGAUGAGGUUGGAGAUCAUACAUUGAGGGAGCAACUAAUCAAGAUACAGGAAGCAACAACUGUUCAGGAGGCAAAUUGUGCCAUUACAGAAGCAGCAGACAGCUUAAAUAUCAUUGGUGCCUUGAAAUAUAUAUCACACCUGACAGAAAGGAACUCUCUUGUCCAGUCAGCGGCAGAGUUCUUUGUAAAUGGAAGACUGAGAGCUGCCUUGGACCAGUUUUCAGAAGGGUUGCUGGAAGAGAUGAAAAAAUAUCCUGCACUUUUUUAUGACAUGUUCAUCAAGCAAAGGACCUCUGCAGUCUUUUUCAUGUGAAAUUUUCCCCACAAGGCAGCAACAGGAGGGCAAAGGAAAACCAGACCAUAUGCUACUGGACUGACUGGUUGAUCUACGUUGAAGAGGGAGAGACUGAUGGAUUCACCCUUGAGAUGAUAAUGGAGUUUGCCACUGGAGCCUCCACAGUGCCACCUCUGGGUUUCCCCCACCACCCAGAAAUAGAGUUCCUCCAUCAAGACGGGAAAAUCUUUCCAGAGGCCAAUACUUGCCUCAUUAUACUACGACUGCCGAUACACACAGACUAUGAAAUGUUCAAGACCUACAUGACAGAGGGAAUCAUGCAGAGCCCAUAUUUUGGUGUUGCCUGAACUGGAUAAAUCUAGAACUACACUGUACAUCCAUAAUGGAUGGGGUUUUGUUGCAUUGUGGUGAGUUUGUAUCUUGUUGUCACUGUUGUUAAAAGGAGAGUUAGCCCAAAUAUGAAAAUUGUCACUGUUCACUCACCCUCAGAUAGUACCAAUGUAUUAGUUUUUUGUUUUUGGAAUGAAACAAAACAAUGUUAAUUUUUCCUCUUUUAAAAAAGGAAUAGUUCAGCAAAGAAAAUUAAUUGUUGUCAAUGAUUUAUGACUUACAGAAGUCUCAUGCUUUAAGCUUUAAUAUUACCUUUUUACAUAAAGUAAUUUUAGGUACAGUUACAACUGAGUACAGCUUUUAUUAAUUUAAAGUUCCAUUUACAGUUUUUUACAAUCACUUUGCUACUAUUUUCAGAACCUUGAUGUCAUUUUUCACAACUCUAGACACAAAACUCACAACCAAUGAUCAAAAUGCACAUUUUUCAAAACUCUAAUCCUUUUCUCAAUUGCUUUGAUACAAUACACAUAAAACUUAGAUCAUUCGUUCAUUCAACAAAAAUCACCUGUUCAAUAUGACACAACUUAACAUCAAAGUACUACUAUUUCAAAAGGCAAUUCACACAUUACAUUUCAAAUGAGUGUCUAUUCAUUUCCUUACAAUGAUCUAACUAUCUAUUGAUACAACUGCUCAAAAUGAUAAGUAACUGUUGCAUCACUCUUAAUGCAUAGUUGUAUGGAAACAGAAAAACAAUCUUCCAUGUUUACUGUAAAUCAUGAAAGUUUCAAGAUAACGAGAUUCAUUGUCACCAAUUAGCGUGGAGCAUGAACCAAUUAGACUACAAUAUCUAUGGAUGUAGCCCAAUAUUUUAUCAUAAUGCUUCAUCAGACACUGUGUCUAUGGCCCCAAAUACUGUACCACCUUCUCACACUGCAAAAAAUGCUGUUCUUACUUGGAGUUUUUGUCUUGUUUCUAGCCAAAAUAUCUUAAAGUUCUUAAAUCAAGAAGCAUUUUCUUGACAAAUAAAAAUUAUUUUCUUGUUUUCAGGAAAAACUUACUUACAGUCUUUUACAAUCACUUUGCUACUAUUUUCAGAACCUUGAUGUCAUUUUUCAAAACUCUAGACACAAAACUUGUAACACAGGCUGUCUAGUGUUCAAAACAUUGCAUUGUGCAUUCACAUCUUUAAAGAAAUCUUGCACUUGCACAAUCAUUGGUUCAAAACACAAAUUUACUGUGAAAUACCAUUGAAACAUAACUAUAGAUCACCCACACACAAGCAACCGAUAGUUUCACUGUGUCAUUGUUCGUACAAUCAUUAAAUAUUGUAGAACAAAAUAGGUGAUACAGGUUUCAUUAUGGUACUACAUGUAUAGUAAAUACAUCUCUUUAAAAGUACUGCAGUAGUAGAGAGAAUACUACAGACACAGAAUCAUUGAACAAAGUUUGUAAUAUAUUGAUGAAAAACACUACAGUACAAUCACAACAUAGCUUUAUUUGAAUCAAAGCAAAAAUAAUUAGCUAUGAAAUAGAAAAGAAAAGACAGUACUGUAAAACAUCAAAUGCAGUGUUCCUCAACUUGCUUGUACUGUAAGAAACAAAACAGGAGUGCACUGCAAAACAUGCUGUUCUUACUUAGAGUUUUUGUCUUGUUUCUAGUCAAAAUAUCUUAUAUUCAUGAAGCAUUUUCUUGACAAGUAAAAAUUAUUUUCUUGUUUUCAGGAACAAUAAGUCAAAAUUA